CCUUCAGCCCCACACAGCGGUGGCGAGGAGGGACUCCGUGUUCCUGACCCACAGCUGGGGAACUUUUGCCCUCACGAAAUGCCCACCCUAAUCUUUAGCCCACGCACAAUGGAGGCGCGGAGAGCCCCACCUCUUUUAGCCCCCCAAACAACCCCAGCUCCGUCCUGCUCUGAUGGCUGCAGGCUGGGCCGUUCUGGGGGGAGGUGAGGGUUGUGCCCUACCUUCUGCCAUGUGUGGGCCUUCAACCUCCUCCCCACACCACAGGGCCGUGCCCCAUCUGUGCUGCUGUGUGCCGUCGCUUCCCCAUCCCUGAGCAGAGGCUGCCGUUUUGUACCCCGGUGGGCUGCCACUUUGAAGGCACAUGGCCAUGUCGUCCUUCUCCCCCUCCUUCCCCCACUUACAGCUGGAGGAGGCGCUCUUCUUAAAGAGCCCCGCCGCCAUCGCCCGGCAGCGCUUGGCACACAUCUCUCAGGCCUGGCGCUUCCAGCAGGCACAGGUGGAUCUGCUGCUUGCCUCCCACCGUGACACAGCGCGCCGGGCUGAGGCGGCUCUGCGGGACACCCGGCGGGCAUUGGACUCCAAGCAGAGGGAAGCGGAGGCGCUGCGGAGGGAGAACGGGGAGCUGCGGAGGCACCUGCGGGAGGCCGAGGUCUCCCCUACCUGGCGGUCAAGCAGGAGCAGCACUCCUCGGCCCAUUGGCAUCACUUCCCCAGCUACGACAGUCACCCCACAGCCUCGGCGGCAGCUCAGCGGGCAGGUGGUGAGCCGCUUGCCCUCACUGGAGUUUCCCUCAGCCAGCAGCACCCCGACGUGGCUGGCCCCAUCUCCAGGCUCCACCCCCAGUCUGGCCCACAGGGCUUCCCUGCUGGCUUCCCGUACUCCGUUGUGGGGUCCUUUCACCACUCCGCCGCUGCCGGUCCCCGUCCCACCCGCUGAGCCCCAGCACUUCCUGUCCGCCGGCCUGCAGCCCCGCCGUGGCUGAGCCCACCAUGGCCUGGCCUCCACCAAGCUCCUACUGCAGCGCUGCCGUGUGCGGCUCAAAGAGGCGCCUUCUGGAGUGCUGGUGGCACCCCUGCAUUGUCCAGCAGCGUGGGACCAUCGCUGCCAUUUUGGAGUUCUGUGGGAUGUUCUGGGGCUGCCAGAGGGGUUCGCUGCUCCCCCUUAGUGCACUGCACCCCUCCAGGCCUGACUUCCACCUCCUGCUUAGCAUCACCGUGCAGGCCAAGGUAAGCUUGGAGCCAGGGAACCUUGUGGAGACAGAGCCUGGCUGGGGCAAGCCCAAAAAUCUAAUGCUGGGGAUGCCAAGGCCCAAUGGAAGCUCCUGUAGGAGCUGUGCCCUGUGUGAAAGGACCUCCUGGAGGGAACCCCAUGGCCCCAUAGAAGCUUCUGCUGAGCAGAUUUUGCUCAUGGGGAUCCUUAGGUCCUAUGGUGGGAACCUAAGGCUGGGUGUAGGACUCAUGGUGGGAACCCACAGCUACAUAAAAGCUUCCAGAGGGCUGAUUUCUGCUUGAAGAGAGGGAUCCAUGGAAGGACCCCAAGGACAUGUAAAGGUGUCAUGGCACACUCGAGGCCAUAGAGGGACCCCCAUGGAGCUGACCCUUACCCACCACAUCCCCUCAGCCCUGUGUCCAGCCCCUGACCCUGCAGUUUGACCAUGGUGUGUUAUCAUGGUGGUGGGAUCACGGCCACCUGCCCAUAAGGGUGCCCACAUACAGCUGGUGGCCACCAGUCUGCUAUCCUGUUUGUCCCUGCAGGGCUCUACUAUGCAGGCAGUGAGGGAUCCCACGUGGCUGGCUGAGCUCUUGUGGUGGGCCUGGGCUCCACCUGCAGCACCCUGGGCUGAGGCCGCAGCUGGGGCUCCCAGUGGAGGCUGCCUGAGGCCUCUGCUGUGCCACCUUCCAGGAAACACGAUGCGAUGCCUCCUCGGUUUGCCAUGGUGCUGUGCAAUGUGGGGCAGCUGGCUGCACCACAUCUCAUCCAGCAGCGUGGCUGAGCUGCAGGAGCUCUGCGGAUCACAGCAAGUCCAGCCUGAGGCUCUGCAGGGAUGGAGGGGUGAGGAGCUGCUGCAGAGAUUUUUCUUGGUCGUGGAGGGUCAACUGCAGUCUGAAUCGGGGGUGUUUUGGCACAAGGAGUCUCCUUAGUUAAGAUGGUUUUGGGGUGAAGGGACUUUUUUCUUAAGAUUGAGGUCUACACGGUUGCAGAGUGAGGUUAAGAUAGAGACAACAGCAGCUGUGGGGUGAGUUACAGGGGCUGCCGCAGUUGGGGAGGGUGGUGAUAAAAGCUGGAGGCCACACCUGAGGGCUGCAAGCUCUAGGUCAGUGCUGAGCAGAGCCACGGUGCUGCUGUCUUGGGAUGCAGAGGCACCUCUACGGCCAGGAAGGUGCCAGCUGCCCUUGGACUGAGGGCUGUGGACUGGGACACCUCCCUCCCUGCCAGGUGUAUAAAGUUUCCUGAUUCGUUCCAGCUGAUGUCUGUCAUUGUUGGAGGUGGGACGUGCGGUUGGUUGCAGCUCCUGAUAGCAGAGGGCGGGAUGUGAGCGCACGGCCGUGGGGGGCUGUGCCCCAGCUCGUGUGCUGUUGGAGCUGGGGGAAGUGAGAAGGGCGCUGCGCAGCCUGCAGGUGCUCCAAUAGCUGUGGGACGUGUCGAGCUCACCGCGGGGCUCUGAAUGGCCUCCAGGUCCCAUCAGAUGGCACCGGGUUCCACCGGAGUGUUGUAGAGUACAGGGAAGCCUUGGAAGCCUCUCCGGAGGCCUCGGUGGGGCCUGGAGCAGAGGAGCUUUGGUGGCGUCUGAGUGGCUGGGAGGCGGCUGCCCCGGGAAGGUCAACGAGGAUCAGCUCUGGGUGGUGCUGGGAGGCCCGAGGGGUGCGGGCAGCUCCGCGGUACUUGGAUGCCUCCAGAAAGCUUUAAUCGCUACAAACUCCCAAAUCCUCACUCAGAGAAUCCAGAAACAGCUGCAACCCUUCUGUAAGGCAGCAGCUGCCCCGCAGCUCCUCCCUGACAAAACGCUCCCCAGGACGGAAUCAGCAAUACUGGUGGGCACGGGCACCCAGCUCUAAGAGAACGAAUGCCAGCGAGCAGCGGCCGCCCCACGCAUCCCUUAAAAACGCAGCUCUAUCUGCUCACAGCUCCCGCACCGAGCCCCGCAGCUCAGACGAGCAGCGUCCACCGCCUUCCUGCUCCCGCAGCUCCAUCUGCUCCGCGCUCUCGUCUCCGUCUCGGACUCGCGUGCCCGAGCGAACCCCGGCAGCGGCCCGGUUCGGCUCCUAUUGCGCCGCCACCCAGCAGCGCUGAGCCGACCCGCACUGAACAGCGAAGCGCCGCGGCCUCCUGGCUUUACGGGGACUUCUCCAAUCGCUACUGCGCAUGCUCCGGCGUGCGCCAGUCUUUGUCGUCAGUCGUCCAAGCUCUAUGGUCACCCGUCCGCUAGGCAGAAACGCGGAAAUGGCGUUUCUUUACGGUUGCCGCUCUGCACUGCCACUCUAUGGUAAAAGGCUUUUCCGGCAGUACAGCGCAUGCGCGUACAAACACGGAAGUAGCGGCGUUCCGGUCCGUGCCGCGUGGCGGUGAAACGAGCAGGGAACGCACUGCCCUGCUGUGCGGGACUCACUGCCCUGUGCUGCGCGGCGAGGGAGAGGGGAAAAGGCCUGAGAGCAGUCAUUGUGCGUAUGUCUGUAACCGCACUGAGUGCGUUUGUGUAACCGCACUGCGGAGCGCGCGCUGCUGUUCCUCACUCUGCUCCGCAGCGCAGUUUUGCAUUCCCGCGUUUCUCUCACCCGGGUCACGUGGUGCCGGGUCACGUGGUGCCGGUUGCUAAUGGCGGCGGGGGAGUCCCGUGCCCAGCGGCAGUGGGCGCGGGAUGGGAAGGGGAGCAGAAAGGGGCGAUGGAGGGCGGAGCGCCGCCAGGUUGUGCUGCGCUGCACUGCACAGGGUGUUGAUUUUCAGAAGCCAAUGCACGAUGUGUAGUAGCACAUUUUAGAAGCAGAGCCGUUGAACUGUUGCGCUGUGUGAUUAUUUCUUGCUGAAGCAGCUGUUAGGUGUUGUGAGGUUCUGGAUGUGGCGCUGCAGACUGCAAAGCGGCUCUGUUCUAACGAGAGACCUUCAGCACACGAAACAGCAAUGAAACGGCGCAAACGGCUCAGCUGGCAUCUAAAGGAGCCCCAGAAGGGCCUGCAGCUGCGCAGGAGCUGAGCUGUUACUGCAGCAGGCAGCGUGGAGGUGCUGCUCCUUGUCUGCCAACACCCUGCUAUAUGGCAUUCAUAUCAUAGAAGCACAGAAUGCCCUGGUUUAAAAAAGGCCCACUGUGCUCACCUGGUUCCAACCCCUGCUGUGUGCAGGUCACCAACCAGCAGCCCAGGCUGCCCAGAGCCACAUCCAGCCUGGCCUUGAAUGCCUGCAGGGAUGGGGCAUCCACAGCCUCCUUGGGCAACCUGUGCCAGUGCCUCACCGCCCUCUGGCUCAAAAACUCCAUAUCCAACCUAAACCUCCCCCGUCUCACUUUAAAACCAUUCCCCCUUGCCUCAUCACCAUCCACCCUUGUAAACAGCCAUUCCCUUCCUGUUUAUACGCUCCCUUCAAGUACUGGAAGGCCACGGUCUCCCCAGAGCCUUCCCUUCUCCAAGCCAAGCAAUCCCAGUUCCCUCAACCUUUCCUCACACAGAGCUGCUCCAGCCCUCUGCUCAUCUCAGUGCCUCCUCUGGACCCACUCCCAGAGCUCCACGUCCUUCCUGUGCUGGAGGCCCCAGACCUGGACCCAGUACUGCAGAUUACAGGUGGUUGGCGUUCUCCUCCCCAGUGUGUGUCAGUGAAGGAAGUUCAGCUUGAGGAUGAGUGAGGAAGAGCCCUGGAUGAAGCCAAAGGCUGUCAGUGGGGCUGAAAGGAUGCUGGGCAGUAGAAGAGAUCAUGGCUUGGAAGACUGGAAACCUCAUAAUCACUGCCUGAGCGAGAUUUUGUUUCGGGAGGAACACUCCGAUGCUUUUUGGUGUCCUGAAUUACUUUACAACUCGAGGUGGAAGCUGGAGACUCGGGUCCAAUAUCCCAGAGCCGCAGCUGAUGCUGCACCCAGGAGUCCAGGCUGUGCUCAGGAUUACGCCAAGAUGAGGAGCUGCCGUUGCUCUUCAAGGAGUCCCGGUUGGUGUGGCUGUCAGCAGAGGAAGGCGUAUCAAAUCCAUCUGUGUUACGAUGAGCACACAAGGACCAUGGAGUGAAG